AUGUCGACACAGACUCAAGACACGGACAUAGCCAUGGUGGAUUCAAGCUUAGACCAUUCACUCUUUGAUGAAGCAAUACAGGCAACACACAACACUAUACUGCCAGAACAUUGUCAAAAUUUCCAUCACGAUGUUAGUGCCUCGCUCUUGCUGAACGACUUGCAUCGUAUGUCCACCGGCAACGGGUCCACAGACCUAAGAAGACUGGUUUCUACCCGAAAGUUCACAUUGUUCAUUCGAACUUUUGCACCUUACUUCGAUGUUCUUAGCACAUGUAUCGAACUAAAGCCAGCAUGGGCGGGUCAUUUGUGGGGAAUUGUUCGUUUGGUAUUCGAGAUGAGCACUGAUUGCGUGCUUUUCCUUGAGAAGAUUGCCGACAUGCUUGAGGCUAUUGCGCAGAUCAUACCUCCUUACCAACAGAUCUACGAAAUCUGCAAACGUAACGGUUCCGAGGCUCAUGGCCAAGCUGAAGAUUAUCAUCUGGCAACACUUUUUUCUUUCGUGUAUGCGGACCUUGUGCAGCUUUUCCUAGAGCUGUAUCGAAUCUUUUGCCGAGGAUCACAAGGCACAGAAGUGCAAUCUCUUACGUUCGGAGUGGCACAUUCAUCGCUAUGGCGGCCACUCGACUCGCGCUUUGCCCACGUUGAAACCCGGAUAAGACAGCAUAGGAGCUGGCUAGAGAGAGAGACCGACAACGAAUUUCAAUACUACGCGGAAGUCUCACAGCAACGUAGAAGUUAUCUUAGCUUCCUACAUCGACAGAGUAGUGCAGACUGCAAUAGUCAGGUAGAACAAGAUGGACAACGACUUGCAAAGCGGUUAAGGAGAGUUGAAAAAGUGCAAAGCUGGCUGUCAACUUCAGCCUCGAUUAACACAACGGCUCACGAUUUUCGUCAACCUUACCAGGACUUCUGUGCGUGGUUCUUGCAUGCUCCAGCAUACACCAAAUGGCGAGAUCAGCGCUUUGAUCAAAGCAUGGCAAACGAUCAGAAUGCUAUAGCUAGUAACUGGCAGCAUCGAGUGCUGUUCGUACAGGCGAAAGCAGGUUUUGGCAAGACUGUCAUAUCACACUCGGUUGUAAGCAAUCUGGCUGGUGAAGCAGAAGAUCCUGACCUAUGCGAUGAGCCUCCAGCGACCGCACACUAUCAUUUUAGUAACCUCCUUUACAAGAACAACAAACCUGAAGACGCAUUUCGGGCCUUCUCAUGUCAGUUGCUCCAUACACAUCGACACGAUCGUUCCACCCUGGAUGCUGUCAGCCUUUUAUUGCGCAAAACUUCGUUUCGAGAACACGCUACUACUGAUGAGGUCACGGACAUUUUAUUGCUUCUACUUCGACAACAUCCCACUUUCAUUGUGGUUGAUGGCAUUGAUGAGUGUAGCGACACUGAAAUGCUCCUCGCUUCUCUAGCAAGACUUUGUCGUGGUUCCGACACAAGAGUUAUUAUAUUCAGCAGGCCGAACUUGAAGAUACCUCUCGAGUACCAGAAAUGGGCUUCAGAUGCUCCCCACAUUCUCCCACUUACUAGCAAGUACAACGCAGUUGCUAUCGAUCGUUUCGUGGCACCAAAACUGAACCGCCUAGCAGACCAAGGUUUCUUUGGGAUUUGCAUGGACCGAUCGCUCAUCUCGGAAGUCGCGAAGACAGCGGAUGGUGACUUUCUAUGGGCCGGCAUGGUAUUGAAGUUCCUUCAAUCGCCGCUGCUGUCAUCGGAGGAGCGAUUUGCUAUCUUACAAGACAUGCGUUCGCUGCAGAGUCUGGAAUCACUCUUUCGUAUCAUGUUUGAUGCAUUAGCACGCCAUCCACUGACUGAAAAACAUGUCAUCACUGACACGUUCCGGUGGCUCUCUUGCCCAAUCAACCGCAUGUGUCCAGAGGCAUUGCAUACCGCUCUCAUUCUACGCAACCCCAACGUGUCCGAGAGUUCGCAUACGAAAGAUAUUUUAGAAGCCUUACCGGAACUUACAUUUGGCUUCGUUCGCGUUGUCAACGACGACAUCGCUUUUUCCCACGGAUCCAUACGAGACUACCUCCAUAGUCCAGGGUCUCAAAGCUCGGAAUUUAGUCUUUACGAUGACAGCAGCGUACAUGCCCACCUAGCAGCACGGUGUCUAGCUUACCUCACUCACGAUGUACCAAAACGCCCUCUUGGUGCCUUGCAGCCUCGUGGCCCCGUCAUGCCACUCACCAUACCUACUAGCAGUGGCGCGAGCCAAAGAACAAGUGCAUCGUGUGAUAGCGGAUACAAGUCUCUGUCUUCAUCAGACGGAGAUACUAAUAUUCACAAUGUGCAUGCCACACCGACCCAACACAACAGCUCUCGAGCAAAUAGCAUCCGCACCAUACCCUUCGACACCCACCUUCCAUUCCUACGCUACGCGGCUCUCUGCUGGCCCAUUCACCUCAGUCGGGCUCUGGCUCCAUCGUCUCACCACACCACAAACUCUUCAGCGGACAUACUAGCCUAUCUACCCGCGCUUAGCGUCUUCUUAGCUUCUCGUCUUGCGGUCACUGUAUGGGUAGAAGCUUCUUUCCGCUACAACCUGCCUCCGACACUCGCGCGUCUUGUCGGCCCGUUGUCAGAUUUGAAGAGCGAAAUAUCGCCAGCAACUAUGGAGGGCAAGGAAUUGAGGCUAGUAAUCAAUGCGAUAAGGGAUUUGAGUGAGGAAUUGUUGGGCUUGAAGAGGGAAUAUGAAGGUGUUAUGAGGCAGAAUCCCAGUUUGAUUUGGCAAAUGGAUGGACCAGAGAGGGCUGUGUAUUGGCCAGUUUGGGAGGAAAUUGUUGUGGGCGAAAAUGGGCGGUGA